GCACAGAAGGAGGAAUCAUCGAGACCCGGCAAAGUAGAGAGAGAGUUUGAAAGUAGGCCUUAAGUCGUUCAGUCAGUUGUCGACUGCGUCUCCGGACGAUUGGACAGCGACAAUGAUCGCAUUAAUCUGGCUGUUGGCAGUGCUGAGUGUGGCGAAUGGAUUGGAAGAGUUGCCAACGCGAGGGGAGAUCGAGAGCUCGAUAAAUCGGACGAUCGAUGAGGUCGAGAGGCUGGUCAGGAGCGAUCCGAGUCUGCCAAGACUGUCGAGGAAGCAAAUAGUUGAUAUACUCUUCAAAAUAACAGCAACGGACAUGAAAAGUUACGAGGAGAGUGUUGAGAAAACGAGGGAAGAUUACGAGCGGGCGCUCAUGAUUGUUUUGCCGUUCAGUUCCAAUGAGACGAAAGCAGAGAGUCUGAAGGAGCUGUACACGAAGGCACCUUUGGUUAAGAUCGUCAAGGAUUCUCCAGGAAGCUUGGAUCAAAAGUCAAACGACCAGGAGAAGCGAAGGGGCGAGGAGACGAAGAGAGAGCGAGAGUCGAAUGAGGUGAAUCGUCACGACAACCACCGGGACACCUACACGGAAGUCAAGGCGGAAUCACCGACUCAAGAAAGCCUGAGAAUUCUCCUGGACCAGAAAGCCAGCAAGGAAUCAGCUCCCCAGAAGUUCAGUUUCAACCUCGAUGAGCUCGGAGCCACCAGGAAGAAGGAAGCCUCCUCCGGAGGCUUCUUCAAGAACUUCUUGACCAGGAAGAGUUCACCCAAAAGUAAAUCCGACCUGGAGAUCGUUUACAGCACGAGCGUGACGCAAAGACCAACGACGCGGUUGACGCCGGCUUCCAAGCCCAGGGACCAAGGCUUCCGCCCAACCAUGCCGCCAACCAGGUCUACCGAGAACCUUUUGACACAAGAUCAGUGGCGUUACAACGCACCACCGUCCCCGACGACCAGCAGACCUCGCAGACCUUCCGUCGGUUCAAGGGAUCCCAUCGAAACGACUUCGGUUCCAUUCCUACCAACGAUGAUGCCGGGUACCAUGGAAAAGGACGAGGACCGACCUUCAAGGACACCUCAAGGUCCCGGAGGCUCAUCAUGGAAUAUGAAAACUAUGGGGAUCGUUGAAGCCACCGAAGAACCGGUUCCCGUCUACGUGACCCCGAUGACCCCUGGGACUUCGACGAAGCCCGAAGGACCAAGCACUGGAGCUCGAGAUCCAGGUCCAACGACCAAGAUCCCCAUGCACAUGAGGGAAGAAGUUCAAGACCUUUUAGCCUCCAUUGGGCUGCAGCCUGGGAGCAAGGAAAAUGACGGUAGCUCUGGCGAAAGCCAGAGCAACGUAAUUCACCACGAGAAAAUAUUUGGCAGCAAUUUUCAAAUGCCCGAAUCAAGUAAUUUGAUUCCUGGGCCAACCGCAGGUUUGACAGCUGCUGGUAUCGAGUCACCCUCCAUCAGCAGCCAAAACACUUUCGAGAAGACUCCUCAGGACGUAAAAAAGGGCGUGGAGAACCUUUCGCCGGAUGUGCAGCUGCUGUUCCAACGGUUCGGCCUCCAGCACUCGGCCCGAGAGCCAGUGCUCGAGGUCACCACCCAGAAACCUCGAGUCUCGACGAAAGCCACCUUCUGGAACAACUUCAAGCCUCUACCCACUUCCCAGGUCAAGGACGAAGGGAUGAGAGAGUUUUUGGCCAAGUUUGGAUUGGGGAUUGAGGACCGGAAGGAAAAGUCAAUGACGAUGAGGAGCCACAGCGCUGACCGGAAGCCAUCUUUGAUCGAAGCUGUUCCAGCCAACAUGAAGGGAAUCCUCCAGAACAUCGGCCUCAUAACGAGGUCUCAGAAGACCAGGGAAACCCCGAGGAUCCAAACAACCGAAAGUCCUCAACUCCACGUCUUCAAACCCCACGAGACCUCGAUCGAGAACGAAAAGCAACGAGCUAAGAUCAACCAACUUCUCGACACUGUCAAACUCGUCCAGGAAGGCAAAGCCGAUGUGGCUGCAGUCCAGAGUGUCGCCAAAGAACUUUUGGAAAGUACGAAGACCCUCAAAAAUGGCCCGGACCCUCUGAGCCUCGAGGAAAUCCUCACGAUGUACAACAACGACCUGAAAAACGAGAUCAAACGUCAACAGGAUCGAAAGGACCUUGAGGACGUGGCAGUCACCGAAAUUUCGAAUUCCACGUCAACCACCAGACCGGAAAUAGGGACCUCGACGGCUGAGGCACCCCCCAGCCUUUCCGACUCUUCCGCCGCGUCCUCGGACUCCGCCUCAACCUCCAACAACUCGACCAACGACUCCAAGGAUUCGGGCAGUCUCGUCGAGGCCCCAACGACCGAAUCAUCGAAUUUGGAUUCUUUGGCUGACUCCUUCGGUGGCACCACUUCAGCUCCUGAUCCCGUUCUGCCAACCCCGAGGAAAACUGGACUCUAUUUUCUCGUCGAUUGGAACACCUUCCUCGAGGUCGGCGAGGAGGAUAUGGGCAAAGUUAAUUUAAGGUUUCAGCCCAAGGCUGGAGACAGGACGAGAUUCAUCCCUGUUACCGUACCUUAAAAACUAAAGAUGCCUUUAAA